AAUGGUGCGCGACUGGACGGCAGAUGUUUCACCAGCGGGACACUCUGUCUCCGCACACUUUGUCUGAACUCUUCCGACUUUUUUCUUCAUCGUAGGCGUGCGUUAACUUGCUCUCCUGCCCUUUUUCUCCCAAAAAAAGAGGGAGGAAAAAAAAGAAGCAAUCUCAGGAAGGAAAGGACGAAGAAGAGCGAGAGAGAGAGAGAGAGAGAGAGAGAGAAAGAGAGAGAGAGAGCAAUUGGACUGCCUCUUCGAAUCGUCCCGUUUUUUUUGUUUUUUUUUUACCGGGGAUUUGUCGUCAUCAGCACCCCAGAUAUCCCACCUCAGCUCCCCUAAUGGAUGGGGUGCACUCGCUCUAUGCAGCUCAGCACAGACCAAAAGUUUGGAAACCUCCCGUGAACGUCCGUCGCUUUGGUGUCUAGUCGGAAACGCUCAGAUACGCGCGGCCGCUUCGCCGAAGUUCAACUCUGAAGCACUUUUUUCUCCUGCAUUCGUGCGUGUUUUUUUUUUUUUUCUUCUUUCUUUUCUUUUUUUUUCAGCAGGAAGGACUCAAAGUUUGCAACAGAAAGGAAAACUCUGCGCUGAAGUGGCAGCUCUCUCGCUGAAGCCCUCGCUAUGGAUUGUAUGUCUUUAUUGAUGUACUUCUCUGUCACGCAACUAUUUUGGGAUCCGGUCUUCGCUGCAGAAACACAUGAAAAACUCUCCGGAAAGCUGAGCGAGUAUGGCCUCAUCGUGCCGUUCAGCACCGACUCCCGUGGCAGGUACAUUUCUCACGUGGUCUCUGCUGGGAGCGGAAGCAAAGGUGGCGCAGCUGACGCCGACGCCGGCGCCGGCCCGGCCUCCGGCGGCAGACGGAGGGUGGCCCGCCAUGCCCCCGGCGUGCCCCCGGUGACCCCGGUGACCCCGGCCCCGUCACAGCACUUGUUUUUCAAUGUCACCGUGUUUGGGAAAGAACUCCACCUCCGCCUGAGGGCCAACAGGAGGCUGGUGGCCCCGGGCGCCUCCGUGGAAUGGCAGGAGGACUUUGUGGAAAAGACCAAGGAACGUAUCCACGGGGACUGUGUUUUCACCGGGGACGUGAGCGACAUGCCCGAGGCCUCCGUGGCCAUCAGCAACUGUGACGGACUGGCAGGUCUGAUCCGGACUGAUAACGGGGAGUUUUUCAUCGAGCCACUCGAGAAGGGCCAGCAGGAUGUGGAGGUGAAGGGCCGUGUGCACGUGGUCUACCGCAGGUCGGCCAUCAAGCGGGAGACGGGCCAGCGGAGGGAGGACCUCCACAAUGAAGUGGCCGACUUUGGGAUCGCGGACCUUCCCGCGGCUCUGGAUCUCGUGGAGCAAAAACUGCCCGAGUCCGAGCGCAAAAGGAGGCACGCGAAGAAAGACGACUACAACAUCGAGGUGCUGCUGGCUGUGGACGACUCGGUGGUGCGCUUCCACGGCAAGGAGCACGUGCAGAAUUACGUUCUCACGCUCAUGAACAUAGUUGAUGAAAUCUACCAUGAUGAAUCUUUGGGAACCAACAUCAAUGUUGUACUUGUCCGAAUGAUAAUGGUGGGAUACCGACAGUCCAUAAGCCUGAUCGAGCGCGGCAACCCGUCCCGCAGCCUGGAGCAGGUGUGCCGCUGGGCCAACACGCAGCAGCGCCGCGACCCCGACCACGCCGAGUACCACGAUCAUGCCAUCUUCCUCACAAGGCAAGAUUUUGGUCCCGCAGGUAUGCAAGGUUACGCUCCAGUUACGGGGAUGUGCCACCCGCUGAGGAGCUGCACCCUGAACCACGAGGACGGCUUCUCCUCCGCCUUCGUGGUCGCUCAUGAAACCGGCCACGUGCUCGGCAUGGAGCACGACGGCCAGGGCAAUCGUUGUGCCGAUGAGACCAGUAUGGGCAGCAUCAUGGCGCCACUGGUCCAAGCAGCUUUUCACCGCUAUCACUGGUCACGUUGCAGUAAGCAGGAGCUCAAUCGAUACAUCCACUCCUAUGACUGCCUGCUGGAUGAUCCCUUUGAACACAAGUGGCCCAAGCUCCCCGAGCUCCCUGGCAUAAAUUACUCUAUGGACGAGCAGUGCCGCUUUGACUUUGGUGUCGGGUAUAAAAUGUGCACCGCUUUUCGAACUUACGACCCUUGCAAGCAACUGUGGUGCAGUCACCCCGACAACCAGUACUUUUGUAAAACCAAAAAAGGUCCUCCGGUGGAUGGAACAGAGUGCGCACCGGGAAAGUGGUGCUUCAAGGGCCAUUGCAUCUGGAGAUCGAGCCAGCAGCCUCAGGGCCACGAUGGGAGUUGGGGCUCCUGGUCAAAGUUCGGCUCUUGCUCCAGAACCUGCGGCGGUGGAGUUCGCUCUCGCAGCAGACAGUGCAACAACCCGGCGCCUGCCUACGGAGGUCGAGAUUGCCCCAGCUCUGCUUUUGACUACCAAAUGUGCAACACGGAGGAGUGUGCUGGCCCUUAUGAGGACUUCCGUGCUCAGCAGUGCAUCCAAAGGAGCAACAAGUACCACAAGAACAUCAAGCACACCUGGCUCCCGUACGAGCACCCAGAUGAGGCGCGAAAAUGUGAGAUGAGCUGCAAGUCGAAGGAGACCGGAGAGGUGGUGUUCAUGAACCAGGUGAUGCACGACGGGACCCGCUGCAGCUACUCAGAGCCCUUCAGAGUGUGCGCCCGAGGAGAGUGUCUGCAUGUAGGCUGCGACAAGGAGGUCGGUUCCUACAAACAGGAGGACAAAUGUGGCGUGUGCGAAGGGGACAACUCUCACUGUCGGACCGUCAAGCUGACGCUCACCAAGACGCCCAAAAAGAAUGGAAUGCUGAAAAUGUUCGACAUCCCAAUAGGAGCGCGCCACAUUGUCAUCGAAGAGAAUGAGACUUCUCCUCAUAUAAUUGCUGUGAAAAAUCAAGUGACUGGAAACUUUAUACUGAAUGCAAAAAGCGAAGACGCUGAAACGAAGACAUUCAUCGAGAAUGGUUUACAGUGGGAGUAUUCUCUCGAUGGUGCGAAGGAGAUUCUGGAAACAACCGGACCUUUGUAUGAAGCCAUUGUGGUGCUGGUCAUUCCCAUGGAAGAAGAUUCAAAGAUAAGCCUGACGUACAAGUAUAUCAUACACGAGGACCUGUUACCGCUUAUUACGAACAACAAUGUCCUUUUGGCCGAACUAGACACAUACGAGUGGGCACUGAAGAGCUGGUCUCAGUGCUCCAAACCCUGCGGGGGAGGCAUACAGUACACUAAAUAUGGAUGCAGGAGGAGGAGUAACAGCCGCUUGGUACAUCGAAACUUUUGUGAAACCAGCAAAAAGCCCAAACCCAUUCGGAAACGCUGCAAUGUCCAAGAGUGCAGCCAGCCCACGUGGAUGGUGGAGGAGUGGAGUCCCUGCAGUAAGACGUGCGGAAAGCUCGCCUACCAGACCAGGGCGGUGCAGUGCAUGCAGGCGCUCCACAACGGCACCAACAGGCCCGUCCACAGCAAGCACUGCACCGAGGAUCGGCCGGAGGCGAGGAAGGUCUGCAACCACACCGCGUGCCCCGCCCAGUGGAGGACAGGGGCGUGGUCUCAGUGUUCAGUGACCUGUGGUGAAGGGAUUCAGCAAAGACAGGUGGUUUGCAAGGCCAGCGACAACACCAUCGGCGAAUGUGAGGGCGAGAAGCCGGAGACGGUCCUCAUUUGCAAACUCAUUUCUUGUCCAGGACAGCCAGGAUCUCCUCUCACUGCUGGCAUAUUGGAAAACUCCACAAUAAAAGACGAAGCUGUACACCAAAGGACUCCUGAAAACCCUGUUCACAAAAUAUCUUCAAAUGAGCCAUGUCUGGGGGAUAAAUCCAUUUUCUGUCAAAUGGAGGUUCUUGCCCGAUAUUGCUCCAUCCCUGGAUAUAAUAAGCUUUGCUGUGAGUCUUGCAACAAGAAAGAGAACCUCGCCACACACGCCCCUGACCUCCAAAACACCCAAGUGGCCUCGGCUGAACCUGAAACCUCCGCUCCUUCCCACCCUGCGACCCGCAAGGCCCCCCCGCCCGCCGCGACCACCCCCAGCGAGCCGCAAACCACUAAGCCCACCGGCAGGCGGCUCCGCGCCACCGUCCCGCCCACCACCACCGCCGCCGCCACCGCUGGCGGUGAAGCCUCGCCAUCCACGGGGGCCGCCGUGCCCAAGCGUCCCGCCGGCGACUCCCUCCUCAGCGCCGCGAAAGGAGAGUCGGAGGCGGGGCCUCUUCUACCUCCGGGGCCUCCGCGGCCCACAGCAGACUCCACUGGAGGUGCCUCUAAAGAGCACAGUCCAAACAGCACUUUAGGCCCAGUCGCUGCCAGGUCAAGAAGGGACGACCUAGGAUCCGAGAGGGACUCGAGCCACAGGACCCUGUCAGCUCAGCAGUGAGCGAUGCUGCUCAGCGAGACGGCCUCGUUCGUCGGAUUUCGGCGUGUGACGGAAUCACUGCAGAGGUUUUCUCUCUUUUUGUGUUUUUUUUUGUUGCAAGAAUUGUUGUUGUGUUUUUUUCCCAUGCCAGUGAAUUUAGACCAGACCAGCGAUGGUUACCUCAUUAAAACUCCGGUGAUCUGUGCGCAGCGUCGCUCCGCCCUGUGUGCUUCGAAUAUGGAAAAAAAGAAAAAAAACUUGUCAGGUGCUGUAAACUAAAAAACGACUUCAAGGCGUGUUCAAAAUGUGAUGACUGCAUUGCUACAUUCUUGUUUUUAUCUGUGUACAGUUGUGUAAUCCUGUUUUCUCAAGUGCAUUAGAACUACUAUUGAACUUGUAUUGUGAACAUGCGAGGAGAGGCCGUGGUUUUUAAGGUGCACGUGUCAGCUAUGGAGAAUAGAGUGUGCCAGACCAGCUGUGGAUCCUGCUUUUAGUUCGUAAUUAGUUAUUCACGGGUCCAUUUAAGAUACAAAUUAAAUAACAAAACUAAAUUGGCAGAUUAAUCAUUUUUAUUUUUCAUUCUGUUUCAAGAAUUGGUACAGUUUUAAAAUAAUACGGCUUUCUGUUGUUCACAAUUUGCAUUUGAUUUCAUUCAAAAGCUCUCGCAUUUCAACAUGUAAGAAGGUUGUGGCACCUAAAACUCAGAUAACUUACGACCCACAGAGUAGAUACAGACUCAGCAGAGGGGGGCAGCAAAGUGCGUCACUAACUCUUGGUGCAUGAGACUCCCCGGAAUGUUGUCGGCACAAUGACGUAACCGACCAAACUAAGUGUUCAUUAUUAUGAAAUAGGGACAAUUUUAAGUCGUUCUAUUAUCCCUCAUCAUUUAAUUGCAAAUGUAAUUAAUUCAUAGCGUUUCGUAAUAAUAAUCUAAUGAAUUAUAAUGAGACACCUGUUAAUUCAAUCUUUUAUUCCAGUGGCACACUCCAGACUCCAUAGACGUCACUCUUGGCUGACAGCCUCAUAGCUUCUCUGUCCCCGGUGCUCUUUUUUUGUUCUUUUGUGCCCAAAACUAACGUACCAGUGAUUAAUGUCACUGCUAAAAACAAAAAGAUGACUGUCUACAGGGCCAACCCAACUGUAGCAUGCCCACCCUCUGCCUUUGUGGACGUCACUGAUUCAACGCUUUAAAAAGAAGAAAACAAUGUAAGGAUGAAAAAAGUAAUAAUUAUGUUUUUGUAUCUGAUAUAUAUUUUUUAGAUAAAAUGUAUAUAGUGUAAAUUUGAAGUCAUGAAAAGAAACGAAAAACCAGGAAUUGAACGGAAAGUAUGUUGCAAUUAUAAAAACGUAGGCGAUGCUGUAAGUCUACAGACUGUGGUUGGUCAUACUGUUACGUCAUUACUGCAUUGCAGAUCAUAACAUCAUUAUUUUUAUUGUAUAGUUCUUGUAUAUACGUAAUGAAAGCUUUAAAUGUUAAUAUUUAUUGAAUUUUUAAGUGGUAUGGAGAACAAAGUAAAACAAGUUUGAAAGAA